AAAAAAAAAACAUUUUUGAGGUUAAAAGGACUCCCAAACACCACAACACCACUGAGUAUUUGCGAUUCGGUAAUCGGAUCAUAACCCCCAAAUUUCACGCAUAGGAAAAUGCCCAACAGGAACAACGACGACGACAAAGGCUUACUAUGGAAGCUGCCGGUGGCCUAUUCUAACAAACUUGGUAAGCUGGGCCCUGCGUUUGGUCUUGGCGCCGGUUGUGGUGUUGGUUUCGGUGUUGGACUGAUCGGAGGUGCUGGAUUGGGUCCUGGAAUCCCCGGUUUACAGCUUGGUUUUGGAUUUGGUGUUGGAUGUGGAGUUGGUCUUGGAUUUGGUUAUGGCGCAGGGAGAGGCAUUGCGUAUGAUGAGAAUAGGAAACACUCAAAUGUAGGGAGGUUAUUCAAUGGACCAGGCAGUAUGCCUACUCAGGAUGAAAUUGGUUAUCUCAUCGAGGAGGUUGUGGUGAACACCAAGAAGCUGAUCAAAGCAACUCACAAAGAGGUGGAAAAGUGGAGACGAUAUUAGCAGCAGAUCUGUCAUGUAUGUGAAUGAAGUUGGUGAUGAUAAAUCCUUGAAAAAUGAAGGAAUCUAUACAUUUUGGUGGAAAACUGUUGCAUUUCUGAUUUAGGUUUCUACAAAGGUGGAAGAUCAAGUACAACUAAACAAAAUCAUCUUUCAGUAAAAAAUGCUUCAUCGAUUAUAAGAUAUGUACCUUUUUUUUUUUGACUUAAUAGACUUCAUGGUUAAGCACUUAAUCUAGACUACUUUUCUGACAACUCCUUUGCCAUUAAAAUUGAUUAAAUCAACUAACAGAGAACAAAUUUGGUGCUAUUGUCAUGUACUCC